AUGACUUCUAAUGAUUGUGUUAAUGGUAAUAGGGAGAGUAAUCCAACAGAAGAAAAUGAGGAAGGUAUGGAAGAAGGCGAAAUUACCGAUACUGAGGACUCGGGCUUCAUACCCGUUAUUGAAGGUAAGGUAUUAAGUGCAGCUGCUGAUUCCAAUGAUAUAAGUGACUCAAGCGAUCCUCUUGGGAGCGAAGAUGAUGAACCUCCAGAGGAAAUUCUUAACAAAGUUGCUAGAAAGAAAGUUGAAGAGAGCGGUUUGCUCACGCAGGAAAUUGAUCCUAAGCUUUGUUUUAUGUGCCAAAAAACACCACACAAGUAUAGAUGUCCAAAAUGUGAUCUCAGAACUUGCUCCGUAGUAUGCUCAAAACAACACAAAGAAGUCAAAAAUUGUGAUGGUGUUCGUCCACCUUUUCAACCUGUUUCGAAGCUCUCCCAAUUUGACGCUAACAAGUCUGUUCAAGACCAACGAUUUCUUCAUGCAGUGCAAAGCAGCGUGAAAAACCCAUCACUGUUGAGCUCCCCUUUACCAUCUACUUCCAAGGAACAACGUCAUGGAUUGAUGUCUGAAGAAAGGAGAUUGUCAAAGGCUAUGGAGCAUGGAGGUCAAUUUAGUGCGAAAGACGAGAGCGAGGAAAAUUUGGAAGGAUUUCGACACAAGGUCAAUUCGGUGAAAGAGCGUUACCUUAUGCAGAAUGCCCUGCGUCGUCGCAUUUGGCUUUCCUUCAGUGAUGAUAAAGGCGGUGAAGACAGUUCACGACAUGAGCAGUUUUCGGAUACAAUAUUUUGGUGUGUUGAUCUCAUUUUCAACAAGCAACUCGAAGGCGAUUCGAUCUCCACUUACACGUAUCGUGUUCAGAAUAUCCCCGAGACUAUCAGACUCGUAACGAUACUACGGCAGUUUCUUAAACCCCGACAACAUGGAUGCAUCGUUUCAAGAUCGGACCUUGACUUGGAGAAAUUGUCGCCGUUUAUAGAAGCUGGAAUUGAGGGAGUGAAUGGAUUUAUGCGGGUGCCAGGUUAUGAACCUGAAAGGUUCUACCUGGUGGACCUCCAGAAGGAUGUACUUCAUAACACAAGGAAUCGUGUGAUUAUUGACCAUCCAAAGAUAAUUAUAACCUUGGACACAGAAUUUAUCACAUCUUACUGUCUUAUAUCGGAAGCUGAAGCAGAGGAAAUUAGACAGAAGCAGCGUCAAUCGAGGGCUAUGGCUCGAUCGGCUCAGGAGGGGAGUAGUCAUGACUUUUCUCAUGGCGAUGAAUUUCGAGGUCGCCGAAGUUUCAGAGGCGGUAGAGGUACACAACGAGGCGGAUUUCGUGGAGGGUUUCGUGGUCAAAAUGACUACAGAAUAAGUCGCGGCCAACGAGGAGGGUUUUGGGGAAGAGGAGGUAGUGGCAAAAGAUUUUCGGACCAUGACGAUUUCGGCUAUCAGCACAAGAAAGUAAGAGGGGGACGAGGUGGAGGGGAACGAGGACUUCGCCGUAACUACAGGAGUCUCGACGAGGAAUUUGAUCCAUUUGAACCUUUCGAGGGACCAAUUCGCCUGCCUCGUUCAUAUCUUGGAAGUAAAAAUGAUGGCGACGGGAGCGCCAGUGCUGAUUCGCAGGCGGCUAACACACGAAUGAGUGGUAGCGUGUCAGAGAGUUCUUCAGAUGUGCAGCUGACAUCCAUGAAGCCUGUCAAAAUCUCGGAUGCGGUGGAAUGUCGGAUGGAUGAAAGUGGGGUCGAGUACACAUCUUCAUUUGAUGGCACAAUAGGAGGGAUGGAUGUAUCAGGAGUGAUUCCAGCAUCUAACGACGAAAAUGGUGAAUACGAUCGAGCUCUUGGGCGUUUUAUGCGCAACGAGAUCGACUAUGACGAGUUCAUGCGACUUACAGGUGGACAAACCAUCGAGGAGGAGAUGGCCGCUGACGGCGCAGGAGAUUCAAUAGAAGACGAUAUAGAAGAAGAGCUUGAAUACGCCACAACGGAUGAAAUGCAGACUCAUCCGGUCAAGAGCGAGUUUUCUUCCCGGGCUGGCAAAGAUCUUCCCGUUCACGUAAGGAAUCUGAUGCAAGAGAUAGUUAACGAUGAACUCGGCGCUUGUCGAGCCGAUGCUCUUUUAAUUCCUGCUCCAAUGGAAACGGAUGAAAGUCAACCAUCGACUUCUCAGUCCGGUGCAGUGGAUUCGAGCACGGAACGGGAAAGAAUCCCAAGGAAGUUGAGCAAGACCAUGGAUGCCCUGUUGGGCCAUGCUAACGUUAUAUACGCUAGGGGAAACACUCAAGAAGCGUUGACCGUGUUGCUUGAAGUCAUCCGUCAAGAACCUCGAAAUGCUGCCUCGUACCGUCAAGUUUCUGAUAUCUACGAAGAACUGGGGGAUUGUCAGAAGAGUUUACAAUAUGGUCUACUCGCUGCACAUUUGGAUCCAAGAACUCCUGCUGAAGAUUGGGCUCAUUGGGGAGACGAGUCGAAAAAGCUCGAUCUUAUCGAAGAGGCUGCUGCUUGUUAUGGGCGAGCUGUGCGCUUAGACGUAAAGAAUUGGAAAUAUUACGAGAGUCGUAUAGAAAUGUUAGAUAUUCUUGGUCUUCGACCAUUGGCCAUGCGCACACGCCUGCAAGCUGCACAAAUGAUUAACCCAUCUCAAGCCGGAGUAGAUUUCGAAUGGUUUCAUGAAUUAAUCAAAACGGUGGCACAAUACUACAUUACUAUAAACGAUGAAGAUCGCGCCAUCCUUGCACUGGAAGCUUUCGUGUUACGUAGCAAAGAAUUUGGAAGAUCUGCAGACAAUCAACAUGAAACGUUGAUAGGUAUGUGGAUGGCAAAGAGCAAAUUCACUGAAGCUGCAAAGUCGAUAUUCGCUUUGUGCGACGGCAUUUCGGUAUCGAACAUAUCGGAUGGAACACCAGCUAUGUCGAUUUCCCUUUCACACGGCACUUAUUCGGUCGAGCCGUUUCCACCAAAAAGCGACGUUGAGUUUCAUGUGGACGAGUCAUUCAGUACUAUAACUCUCAGUCGACUGAUAGUUUGUUUCAUUGGUUUGGGAAGGAGAGACUUGGCUACACCACUGAAAGAAAUUCUUCUCAAGAGAAAUUUGACUAAUCACAAUGAGGAGCCAUAUGUGCUCGAAAUCGCCAGGGCGUUCUACAACUGUGAUGCGUUUAAAACCACAAAGUUGUUUCUGGAAAGUUUGCAAGAAUGGAACAACUACUGUGAUAAUGCGGAAAUGUGGUUCAUUUAUGGAAAUACAGCUGCCGCUUUGAAAGAUAUUCCAACUGCGAUGGAAUCGUUCGAAAAGGUGCUACAAGUAAAUCCCGGCCACGUCGACGCUCGAAUCAACUUAUCUGGUCUGCAGCAGAAGAUUGGUCAGUCGGAUCGUGCGUUAGAAACUCUACAAGAUUACGACUUGGAUACAUGCACCCAUCUUCCGGAUGAAAGGCUGCUUAUUCGACAAGCAGACGUCCUUUUCGAAUCGCAGAAAACAGAGCAGUUUGUUCGUUGUUGUCGAAUGCUUCUCACUCCUCACUUUUAUGAAGUCCAUCGCAAUCAAGAAACUGCUAGUAGACGCCGCAGCUCUAAAAAUGGAAUUUUCCUAAGCAAUACUCUACGCGUUGCUGCGAUGAACGCCAUCACUAAUACGAACUGGGAGAAGUUUGUACGCCGUCUAGGAACAGCCGCUUUUAAUGAACGUCGUAGUGUUGACGAUAUAGAUCCAGCUUUAAUCCAUGAUUACUGCCUGAAACUUAUCGAAUGUCUGCUUGCAGCUAAGCGUUAUCAGGAUAUGCUCGUAGUUUGCUGCUACGCUUUUCUACAGCCUCGCAUCAAUAAGUCGGAAAAGGCCACUACAUUCCAAAAUCUGUUGUAUUUCUGUGCGAUCAAAGCUCAGUGUUGGUCCGUUGCCUUCGAAUAUGUGCGAUGGUAUCACAUGCUGACUAAUACAGCCCAUCAACUGGCUCUACCGAACAAUCGCGAAGUGCUCUACAAACGACUAUUCAAUGCUAUGAACUACGUCUUUGUGCAUUCUCAGAAUGUAUCGUAUCAUCGUUAUGUAAUGAGAUCGCUCGCUAAGUGUCCAGGAAACCAUGCCCUUCAAGCUAUAUCAGGGAACAACUCGCUUAUUACUGGGACUUAUCGACACGCUCUUGGAGAGUAUCUGCGAGUAUGGAACCAAAAUAAGAAAAAUCCACUGAUUUGCUUACUACUAGCAUUGACUUUUACUCAUAUGUCAUGUAAAAAGGACCUUAGCAGUAGACAUAUGAUUGCUGUUCGGGGAGUUGCGUUUAUGAAAUUGUACGAAAAGAAUCGACCAUGUCGUCAGGAGAGUUAUUAUAAUAUUGGUCGUAUGUUUCAUCAGAUGUCUAUAACUCCUCUAGCGAUCUACUUCUAUGAGAAGGUACUCGCCGAACCACCUCCUCUUGUUUAUUACACUGACGAUGAAGGAAAUGAGGUUUUACGUCCGGACAGCAUGUACGACAUGCGGCGCUUUGCUGCACACAACCUCGCAUUGAUGUACCGUGCUAGUGGGAACGACUAUCUUGCUCGAAAGAUUUGUGGACAGAUUGGCAUGUUCGUGCUAGCGCUACUCGCGGAUACUGUAGCUGUAAAACCUCACGAACUCGGGAAAGAGCUCGGUGCAGUUCUGAGACGUCGUAUCAACCAGCGGCUUUCCAACAAGGUAGUGCCUGAGUUAGGUCUCUGUAUAUGUGUUUACGAUCUUCUCGAAGUCGGCGUCACAUAUAUUCUGCCCGGCGAAGGCAGUGGACAUACAAGAGUGAAGUUUCGGCUGGUAGUUUUUCGCCCUCACGUUGACGAGGUUAUCCAAGCACGGGUUGUUUCUUCUAAUAGUCGUGGACUGACUUUAUCAGUAGAGUUUUUCGAAGAUAUCACAAUUCCUGCUGAGCGACUCCCUGAACCACAUGUUUUUGAACAAAGCGAACAGGUUUGGUAUUGGGAGUAUCCAUCUGAAGACGGACAACCGCCUGCAAGACUUUACAUGGAUCCCGGAAAAACAGUACGAUUUCGAGUAGUGGAGAACAUAUUCAGAGAUGUUAAACCGAAUCUUACCCCAGAAGAGGCACAAAAGGAAAAAUCAUAUGAAAUUAUUGGAACAAUGGCUGAGACGGGGCUAGGAUGUGUUGCUUGGUGGUCGCAGGAUGCAGCUGAAGAUGCCGGUGAAGAGGUUGAAGACAUGGAGGAAGAGUAA